CCAACAGCAUUAAGACAUCGGAUACUCCAUUUAUAUGUGCCUGCAGAAACUCAGAGAGGGAGAGAGAGCGCGCAAAAGGGAGUUGACCAUGUUGGUCUCCAUUUUGCUGAGUUUUUCAUUCCCUGCAUCCACUUCUCUUUUCAUCACGGCAUUAUCUGUGAUUAACUUGACAUCCUCUGCUUAUAUUGGGUUCUCCGAAGUACGAGGAAAGCACUUGUUGUACUCCAAAUUUUGGAAUGCAAUUUCUUCAGAAUCUGGACGAAGAAAAGGAGAGCAAAUUACUCUUUCUAGCAGAACAGGCAUGCUGUUUCUUUAUACUCCCACGUUUCUUGUUGGUCUCGCAUCCUUUGUGCUUUUCCCACUUCAGGAUCUUCGAAUCUUAUUGCUCGUUUCUGCUAUAACCCUUCAUUUCUUCAAGAGAGUCUUAGAGGUCCUAUUUGUCCACAAAUACAGCGGCAGGAUGGUUCUUGAUUCUGUAAUUGUCAUCUCUUCUGGUUACUUUGUGUCCUUUGCAAGCAUGAUCUAUGCCCAACACCUGACACAAGGAAGUUCAGAGCCACCAGUUGACUUAAAGUAUCCCGGAAUUUUGCUGUUUCUUGUGGGUAUCAGUGGCAACUUCUACCACCAUUUCCUGCUCUCCAAACUGAGGAGGGAAGAGGGUGACAAAGAAUAUAGGAUUCCCAAGGGUGGUUUAUUUAACUUGGUGAUAUGCCCACAUUAUCUUUUCGAAAUUAUAGAUCUCUUAGGGAUCUCAUUCAUCUCUCAGACAUUGUAUGCAUUCUGUCUCACACUAGGCUCUGUGUUUUACCUGAUAGCAAGGAGUUAUGCCACUGGGAGAUGGUACCUGUCAAAAUUUGAAGAUUUUCCUGAGGAUGUCAAGGCUCUCAUUCCCUAUGUUUUCUAGAAUGUGAAACACUGUUUAAAUGCAUGAUUGGUUUUUGUUGAUAAAUAAAUCUUACAAUGUUAACAUUCCUGUUAUCAAAGUUAAA